AUAUAAUUUUUAUUUUUUUUAUUUGCACGUUUAACAAAUGAAAGAAUAGCUAUAGGCUGAUUUAUUGGUUGAAUUAGUUGUUUUCGUGCAGAUUAAUGAUCUGAACGAUUUACUGGAUUGUGCGAGCGGAGGCUCCAGCUCCACCUCCUCCAAUUGAUGUCAGAGGUGACCUGUCGAUUCCCGCACCACUUCUACAACGACCCCUUGUGGAUCCCAAACCUGACAACUGGCACAGUUAAAGACCCAUAGUUAUAGAAAUGAUUACAUCACAGAUCAGAGAGUGAAAGUGAUUCAAAAUGGUGCGUUCAAGAAAGAAAAAACAGAAAAACCUGCGCCCAGAGAGAUGUAGACCUUCAAGAUAAGAAAUCUGAUUAAUAAAUGAAGCAAAAAUUCCAUUCAAUCAAUUUACCUGUUAAACUAUUUAAACUGAGCCUAUACAGUCACGUCUUUGCUUUUUUUCUUGUAUAUUAAUAGUUUUGACUUGGUUAUGAUUUCUAUUUUUGAUUUGAUUGGAAAAUUAGAUGUCAUUGUGUGAUACAGAUAUGGACAAUGAUAUUACAGAUUGGAGAAGGAAUUUUUUCCAUCUGUGAUAUUUUUUUUAAUCUAAAAGUGAUAUUCCUGUAGUUUAUUUGGGAUUUUUGAAGUUGAAUAAUAUGCAUAUCCCUAAUUUAUUAAACAAUUAAGGCAUUUCCCACAUUUAUUGAACAACAAAAUAAAUGUAGUUUUGUAAGAUGAGAAUUUCAUACUAACUUUAUCAACAUCUCAAAACUCAAUGUACCCACAAUUUUACAAAAAGUUUGACUGUAAUGAGAAAGAAUAUUUUCUUGACUAAUAACUGUAAAUUGAGAUGUUGUAGAUUAAUUUAAAACUGGACAACAAUGACAUUUUUAAAACCCAGGCUGCACGGGGCCACCUGCCUCUGCUCAGACUAAACCUGUUAGUGGACGAGGAAAACAAUCUAAUGAGGUGUCAGCAGUCACAUCGUUUCCUGUGGAGAAGGUCAGAGCCUUAAGUGCUGCCUCAUAUUAUCUUGGCCGGAAGCCAAGGUGUUUGGAUAUCCAGCCAAUGGACUACAAAGAUGGUGGCAUCUUAUUCUGACUUUACUGAAAACCCAAAGGCAGCAAGGUAAAACUGCCGUGUGUUCUAUAAAAUGACCACUAGAUGUCAGUAUAUCACCGAAUUCCCUGUUCACAGCGAAUCAGACGCUGGAGUUUAUGACAUUUUAAUUAAAUGAGGAUAUUAGAUAGGGAUCUGGCUUCUGAUACAAACAAUCAAAGUAUAUCCUACCACCCAAAUUAAUCUUUGUGGUUGUUGUUUUUUAAAAAAAAAUAAAAGUCUUGGGUCGUGAUCUUGCAGAAUCCACAAUAUGAAGUAAGGAACAAGAACCAACCAACUACUGGAGGCUGUAAUCCUUCACUCAGCAUGUGGACUCCGGUCAUGUGCCCAGUAGGUGGAUGGAUCAGAUCCUGGGCGGGACAAACAACCAGCUGGAGGCGCUGGACACUUCGGUGCAGAUCAGUGCUGGUUCAGGACGUUUCCAGCAGGAGCAGAGCAGAGGACGCACAGAGCUCAUGUUCCACGAUGAAGCUGUAGAACAAGUUAAAGUUAAAACCCCCACAGCGAACUGCGUCAAGUAGUCUGCUGCUGCAGGACUGCAACCAUGUAGAGACUUUUUGGUUGAACUCAGAGGGACGUGCACGUGAGGAGAAGCUCGCAGGUUUGUGAGGUGAACUCUCGGUGCAGGACAAACUCAGAGGUAUAUCUGCGCUCGAACAUGGCUCGGCUCCGGAGGAAAGCGUGCAUCGCCCUGUUCCUCUUUACGCUUUUCAUCUUUGGGACCAUGAUGGGACUGAGGACCCUGAAGCCCCCCAGCGACGGUUUCUCGGAUCUGGCUCCGGGCUUGGAGCUCCUGCCGAUGUUCGCUGGGAAGGUGGACCGGCGCUCCGUGUCCCGUGACACCACCGCCUCCCCGGGUCAAGCCCGCCCGGCUAGUAGCAUCACCAAAGCGGUUCUGUCCAACUCCGGACCCGAGGGGACCAUAUUCUACGAUGUUCACAUUUUCUACUACAGCUGUUACGGCAACCCACAAAUGGACGGCAAGUACAUCCACUGGGACCACAUCCUGUUGCCGCACUGGGACCCCAAAAUCGCAUCCAGCUACCCGAGAGGGAGACACAUGCCGCCCGAAGACAUCGGCUCCAGCUUCUACCCCGAGCUCAACCCGUACAGCUCCAGGGACCCGGACGUGCUGGAGUCCCACAUGGAGCAGAUCGGAGCGUCUGCAGCAGGGGUUCUGGUCCUGUCCUGGUAUCCUCCCGGCCUGGCUGACGACAAUGGGGAGCCCGCUGAGGAUUUGGUACCAGCUCUACUGGAUGCUGCAUACAGACACAACCUCAAGGUUGCAUUUCACAUCCAGCCGUACCGAGGCCGGAACGACCAGAGCGUGCAUGACAACAUCAAGUAUAUCAUUGACAGGUACGGUGACCACGGAGCGUUCUACAAGUUCACCUCCAGCACCGGGAAGAGUCUUCCUCUGUUUUACAUCUACGACUCCUACCUAACGCCUCCAGAGGCCUGGUCUGAGUUCCUGACUCCUACCGGCUCCCACAGUGUUCGCGGCUCAGCCUAUGACUCCAUUUUCAUCGCCCUGAUCGUGGAGGAGCGCCACAAGCACGACAUCCUGGCGGGUGGCUUCGACGGCAUGUACACGUACUUCGCCUCCAACGGCUUCUCCUUCGGCUCGUCUCACCAGAACUGGAAGGCCAUCAAAGCUUUCUGUGACGGCAACAACCUCCUCUUCAUCCCCAGCGUGGGGCCCGGUUACAUCGACACCAGCAUCCGGCCGUGGAACAACCACAACACACGCAACAGAGUGAACGGUCGCUACUACGAGACGGCCCUGCAGGCGGCGCUCAACGUCCGGCCUGAGAUGGUCACUAUCACGUCUUUUAACGAAUGGCACGAGGGGACGCAGAUAGAGAGAGCGAUGCCUAAAAAAACUGUGACCCGCGUGUACUUGGACUACCAGCCACAUGGACCCGACCACUACCUGGAGCUGACCCGCCGCUGGGCGGAGCAGUUCAACAAAGAGAAGGAGCAGUGGCUCAUGUGAGCUCACAAACCCACGUGAAACAGCGUGUUCCAGUGGAUGUUCACAUGGAGCGGACGAGAUGAGAGAGAAUGCAAAGACUCAUCCAUAAAUAAAGAUGGACGAUGUGACAGCUACCCAAAAGUGAAGCUAAAUGAUCUGGAUCUCCCCUAGUGGCUGGCUGCUGUACAGGUCAUAAACCCUGCCUCAGAUGGUGUCAGACAUGUUCUCACUCUAAUAAAGGUUUUUUUAAGGUAACUUUGGUUUUAAUUAGUUAUUUGAUGAGUGAAAUGUCAUAAUGGGUUGGACCCUCGAUACUGUGGCGCCGCUCCAGGAUUGCUACAGUUCAGACUCUGGCUCUAAAUGACAUCAACAGCUCAAGAUGGCAGAGGGGAGGGGUGAUACGUCAACCAUCUUUAUUUACGGUGUGUACACGAGUGGGGUGUGAAUGUAAAGAUGCUUUUACUUUUGAACUAAGUUGGAUAUGAGAGUUCUUGUUAAUGUAUUUUGUGAACACACGCUGAUCUGCAAGAACAAGACUGUAUGAGGUUGCUUUGGUUAAAGCUCCAUUAAAAAGUCAGUCUGGGGUACGUACUAUUAGAAUGCUGUGUAAAACUGUCUCUGAUGUUUUUACAUACUUCAAAAAGAGCUCAAACUGUAAAAACUACUGCCUGAAAUACGUGUCACCAUGCAACCUUCUCAUUUGGCCUCUCUAAAGUCAAAUAGAAUUGAUCGCAUUAGUGGGACACUAACAUUGAGAACUUGUUGAAAUGAUGAGAACAUGAUGUUUUAAAAGCAGCGGGUGGGGGUUAAGUACGUAAGAGGAGAGUUUUAUUAGCAUUAAAACUAGAAACAUGAAGAGGCAGCUAACUUGAUUCUGUCCAGCUGUAACUAAAUCUACCCACCAAUACUUAACACUAAAACUGUUUAAUCAACACAUAAGCUGAAAUAUAAAAACAUAGUUGUAACAAGUGUUGUGUGCUGGAAUAUUUAUCUGCCUGGUAAAGUGAAUCUAUGGAGUUUCUGCAAGUUGCCUAAUGCCUAAAGAACAAAAACAUCCUUUGGCCUUUUUAUUAUGAAUAUAUUCACAGAGCUCCCCGAAUCAAUCGGAAUUUUGGUGUGAUUCUCUUUAUGAAAAGGUCAUUGGGUGAUCGUGAUUUUCUUUUCGGUAAAAACACCAGAAUCAGAAGUUGAAGGUGUUGAAAGUUCGGUCUCAGUGAUUUGAAUAAAAAAACUCUGUGAUCUGGAUUUGUGUGAUUUACAUUUGAUCAAAGGAAUUUCAGACACUUUAGACAAUAAAAAAAAAGUUCUAUCUAUUUGGUUGAUGUCCAUGUGAAGGACACUUAAAACAACAAAACACCUAAGUAUUGAAGUACUGAUUUCAUACGCCAUAAAGAAUCAGAAAGUUAAAUAAGGUUUGUCUCAAACAGCUUUUUAUGAAUGACAAAGACUGAGUAUGGAAAACUGAGAAUUUAUUGUGGCACUUUCAUCAAAUGAGUCAACGCACGGUGAUGAAUUUAAACCUGCUCCGCGUGCUCAACCACAUGACCCUGAUGUGUUACAGCAGCAUUUUCAAAUGUAUAAACUUAUUUUAAGCUACGACAUAAAAACAGUUACUGUGACCGCAGCUGCCGACCAAUUGUAAACAGAACAUUCAUAAAUUAAUUAAAAAAUAGUUCUGAACUCAAACUUUGAUGCACAAUCAGUGCAUUUUAAAUGAUCAUCUGUGUAUCUUGUCAACAAGACUCAUCCAGGCCACAUGUUGGGCGCCUGUCACAUCCAGACUGUAAAUGAAGAUGGAUGAAAUGACAGCUCCCAAAAAGUGAAGCCAAAGCACCUUCAUCGCCCCCUGGUGGCUGGCUGCAAUACAGGUCCAAAACCGCACCUCCUCCAUUUUAGUGAAUGGGACACGGGCCAAAAUAAAAUCAAAGUACACAUCAAAUCAAUUUUUCUCAAAGUUGGAUUCUGUCCUAUUAGGUUCUUGUCACACUGAUGUAAGUCCAAAUGUUGAGACUGAGGUGUGUGUGUGUGUGUGUGUGUGUGUGUGUGUGUAUAAAACAU